AUGGAUUCAUAAUAAGAAAAAUACUUACAUUCUUUAGAAGAUUUACAUAACCUAAACUUUAAUGUGCUGAAAAAAUUACAAAUAAAUUAAAACUCAUCAAAAAAAGAACAAUUCAAGUUUAAAUACCUUGAAGAUUGCAUUCUAAAAAGUGAAAAUUUAGAGGAAUUAAAUUUAAGCUUUGAUAAAAGUUUUGUAGAUGAUAAUUUUUUUGAGGAUAUUAUUUCAACAAUAGGAAAUUCUACGUCCUUAAAAAGUUUGAGCUUAUCUUUUGAAUUAAAUCAGAUAACUAGCAAAGGAAUAAUGAGUCUUGACUCAAAUCAAAAGUGCUUUAAAAAAUUAAAAAAGCUAGAGUUAUUCUUAAAUUCCAAUAAAUUAGAAGAUAAGGCACUAGAAUAUUUUUCAUAAUUUAUUUUAGGCUGUAGCUCCCUUGAAACAAUUAAUCUUAUAUUUAACAAUAAUAAAAUAUCUGAUGAGGGCAUUAAGUUUAUUUAAUAAAGUAUCCCAAAGUUAUAAAAUAUUAAAAAAAUUGUGCUCUUCUUAUCAGGGACUUUUGUUACUGAAAAAGGAUUCUCUGGCUUAGUGAACAGCUUCUCAUAAUGCCAAAAUCUUUAAAAUUUACAUUUACAGCUAAUCAAAGUGCCUUUAAAAUUAUGUGAGAGUAAAGAUUCAUUUGAUUUUUAUUGCUAUAAGAAUCUCUACUAACUUACAUUAAAUUUAGAUUAGUUGAAAUUAAAAUAAAAGGAACUUGAAUAGUUUGCAAAAUAUUUAAAGAUUUAGCAGAGUAUAAGAUACCUAAAAUUAACAAUAAGCAAUUAUUAUUAUUAUUAAGCUGAAAAAAAAUAAACAUAAUUGAUUAUAUUAAAUAAUAUUUACAAAAUCAAGCGAUUAGUUUUUAAAUUUUUACUAGUAUGA